UAGAAAAUCUAAGUAGGCGUUAGAGUUUAAAAUUUUCACAUUUUUAAUUUUUAAUUUUUUUCCUGGCGUAUUUAGUUGCAUAAUCGCUCGCCAAUUCAUAACAUAAGCACCAAAACCCAUCUCUUUAUCUAAGCUGGAUCACCUCGAUCUUUUGGGCUAGCGAAUUGGGAUCUCGAUCGUAUCUCAUCCUUCCGAGUGUGUAAUUAGCGAAAAUGCCUCUCAGGCUCGAAAUCAAGAAGAAACUUGCUCAACGGUCCGAAAGAGUAAAGUCCGUGGAUCUACAUCCGACAGAGCCAUGGAUUUUGGCAAGUCUUUAUUCGGGAACUGUCUGUAUCUGGAAUUACCAGUCGCAGACCAUGGCACAGACUUUUGAGAUCACCGAGUUACCAGUUAGGUCAGCAAAGUUUAUAGCUCGCAAGCAAUGGAUUGUUGCUGGAGCUGAUGACAUGUUUAUUCGAGUUUACAACUACAAUACAAUGGAUAAGAUUAAAGUAUUUGAGGCACAUAAUGAUUACAUUAGGUGUGUGGCAGUCCAUCCUACCCUCCCGUAUGUGAUGUCAUCAUCUGAUGAUAUGCUCAUAAAACUCUGGGAUUGGGAGAAGGGUUGGGUAUGUACGCAGAUAUUUGAAGGGCAUUCCCAUUAUGUGAUGCAAGUCACAUUUAACCCAAAAGACACUAAUACUUUCGCAAGUGCUUCUCUUGAUCGCACCAUUAAGAUAUGGAAUCUGGGUUCCCCGGACCCAAAUUUUACAUUGGAUGCCCAUCAGAAAGGGGUUAAUUGCGUUGAUUACUUUACUGGUGGUGAUAAACCAUACCUAAUUACUGGUUCUGAUGAUCACACUGCUAAGGUGUGGGACUAUCAAACCAAAAGUUGUGUCCAGACACUAGAAGGCCAUACGCACAAUGUGUCGGCUGUAUGUUUUCAUCGUGAACUUCCUAUAAUAAUUACAGGUUCAGAGGAUGGGACCGUUCGCAUUUGGCACUCAACCACUUAUAGGCUUGAGAACACCCUGAAUUAUGGUCUUGAAAGAGUCUGGGCCAUUGGAUCCAACAAAGGUUCACAUCGAAUUGUGAUUGGUUAUGAUGAAGGUACAAUAAUGGUCAAAAUUGGGCGUGAAGAACCUGUUGCUAGCAUGGAUAACAGUGGAAAGAUCAUAUGGUCUAAGCAUAAUGAAAUUCAAACUGUGAACAUUAAGAGUGUGGGUGCAGACUACCAGGUAACUGAUGGGGAAAGACUGCCUUUGGCUGUUAAGGAACUGGGAACCUGUGAUCUUUACCCACAACGCUUAAAGCACAACCCAAAUGGAAGGUUUGUUGUUGUCUGUGGAGAUGGUGAGUAUAUCAUAUACACUGCUUUAGCAUGGAGAAAUAGGUCCUUUGGUUCAGCAUUGGAAUUUGCUUGGUCAUCUGAUGGAGAAUAUGCUGUUAGAGAAAGUUCCUCAAGGAUUAAGAUUUUCAACAAAAAUUUCCAGGAAAAGAAGAGCGUUCGACCUACCUUUUCAGCUGAGCGUGUUUAUGGAGGAACAUUACUGGCAAUGUGCUCAAAUGAUUUCAUUUGUUUUUAUGAUUGGACUGAGUGCAGGUUGAUUAGGCGAAUUGAUGUAACUGUAAAAAAUGUAUACUGGGCUGAUAGUGGUGAUCUGGUGGCAAUUGCUAGUGAUACAUCAUUUUAUAUUCUGAAGUACAAUCGCAACAUAGUCUCCUCCUAUUUAGAUAGUGGAAGACCAGUGGAUCAAGAAAGCGUCGAGGAUGCCUUUGAGCUUCUCCAUGAAACCAAUGAACGUGUCAGGACUGGAAUUUGGGUAGGGGAUUGUUUCAUCUACAACAAUUCCUCCUGGAGACUUAAUUACUGUGUUGGUGGCGAGGUUACCACGAUGUUUCAUUUGGACCGUCCUAUGUACUUGUUAGGGUAUCUCGCGAGUCAAAGUAGGGUGUAUCUGAUUGACAAGGAGUUCAAUGUUAUGGGAUACACUUUACUUCUCAGUUUGAUUGAGUACAAGACUCUUGUGAUGCGUGAAGACCUUGAAAGGGCCAAUGAGCUUUUACCUUCAAUUCCUAAGGAGCACCAUAAUAGUGUGGCUCGUUUCUUGGAAUCGCGAGGUAUGAUUGAGGAAGCUCUUGUAGUUGCUACGGAUCCUGAUUACAGAUUUGAGCUGGCCAUACAGCUUGGUAGAUUAGAGGUGGCACAGGAAAUUGCCACUGAGGUGCAGAGUGAGUCUAAGUGGAAGCAGUUGGGAGAAUUAGCUUUGUCCACUGGAAAGCUGGAAAUGGCCGAGGAAUGUCUGAAAAAUGCAAUGGACUUGAGUGGUUUGGUGCUUCUCUAUUCUUCUUUAGGGGAUGCUGAAGGUAUAUCAAAACUUGCAUCUAUCGCAAAAGAGCAAGGCAAGAACAAUGUUGCAUUCCUUUGUCUGUUCAUGUUGGGAAAAUUGGAAGAAUGCCUUCAGCUGCUUGUGGAAAGCAAUCGGAUACCUGAGGCUGCUCUAAUGGCACGGUCUUAUCUUCCAAGCAAGGUUUCAGAGUCAGUGGCAUUCUGGAAAAAGGAUCUCAAUAAGAUUAAUCCAAAAGCUGCUGAAUCAUUGGCUGAUCCUGAGGAGUAUCCAAAUAUGUUUGAAGAUUGGCAAGUUGCUAUCUCUGUUGAAUCUAGAGUGUCAGAGACAAGAAUUGUUUAUCCUUCUGCCGAGGACUACAUAAACCAUGUUGAUAAAUCUCACAUGACUCUCGUAGAGGCUUUCAGAAACAUGCAAAUGGAAGAGGAACCUCUUCAAAAUGGAGAAUAUGAUCAUGAGGCCUCCGAACGUGAUGGAGAUGAACAGCUUGAAGAGGAGCAGAAUGGAGAAGAAAGCCAAGAGGAGGCUGUUGUGGUGGAUGCUGAUUCUGCAGAUGGUGCUGUACUCGUUAGUGGUAGCGAGGCUGAAGAAGAGUGGGGUACGAAUAAUGCAGGAACCCCAUCAGCCUAAAAGCAAUUGUUUGGGCCAGUGUGAUAGUCCAAAUUUUGUCUCUGUGCUUACAUCGCAUCACUAAGUUCUGUCAAGACGAUUGGUCUCGGCUGUAUUACAUCCUUCAGUUCAGGUGAGUAGAACGUGCUAGAUAAAAUGGAUACUUUUGAAUACAGAUUAUAGAGUUUUACAUACAAGUAUAUAAGAGCGCUAGUGUGUGGCAUCGCUGCCUAGUGGUAAAAAAAGGAGGAAGAGAAGUUUUGAAGAGCCUCAACAAGCAGUGGGACUAUCUGGUAAAUUCUUCACAGGUGAGAUGCUCCAGAAGAUGACUUGUCGUUGCAUAAAUGCUUCUUUUUGCCAGUACAACAUAGAGUACUUUGCUAUUGCUUAGAAUUUUCAGCUGGUUUUUUGUUGUACAACUAGAGCUAUUUAGAACUUUUCAAGUUUCAAAGGGAUUUACAGCAAUUUUUUGCACAGAAUAUUUACAAACAAAUGCAAAUUGUAUUCUUCAUUCUUUUCUCGCCCACUGGAGUGGGCGAAACGUGGCACUUUCUUUUAUAUAUAAUGGAGUUGCAUUUUU